AUGGAACAUACUCACCACAAGUCGGGCAAAGCAAUGCUUCAUCUCUUGAAUCCGAUGUCCCUUCUCGCCCGCAGACGGUCCUCUCAGAUGAGCAACUCUCGUACCGAUGAAGUGAAGAUCAGCGCGCCGAGUCUGAUACCUGCUAUCCCCGAUGACUAUGACCCACGGAUUCGGGGGAGCAUUGUACAUGAUUUUUCAGCUCCCCGACCCCGUCGUAUUGUGUCGGGCAACACGACUGCCCUGCCCGACCCGAGCACCUAUAAUGCACAGGAACCACAACUAUACACAUCCAGUCAAAGCGCAGCGAACCGAUGGAAUGACCAAACCAAGCGAUACAGCGAUCACUCGCCUGUCUUUAAGGAACAUUUUGAGGACGACCAACAUGCAUUGCAGGUAGAGAAUAAGGGAUACCUGCAGUCCACCUUGUUAACGAACCCGACUCAGCAUGGAUACGGGAAUUCUGUACCGGCUUUUGCAAGAAAAUUGCCUGCUAGCUUACCCUCCCAAAGUACGGAGGCUGUUGAGCCCGCUGUGACUUUGCCAACGGAUCUACUGGUGGAGUUACCAGGGGAUACUCCAUCAACGGAAUCAACAAACAAGAUGCCAUCAACUUCACCCGCAACAGAAUUUCCGUUAGACCAGCAAGGUCAAGAUACCAUACCCUAUGUAUCGCAUCAGAGCUCCGGUCUGCCUAGACAUCUAAAGAGUAAUGCUUCACGCUUUAGCUUCGACAUGGGCGGUGUGGAGUCCUCUGCACAAGAGAAACUCCUUGAAGAGAAACACAAGGCCAAAGAGGCCCAACGUAAGUUGGAAGAUGGCUAUUUCGAUGAUUUCGAUGAUGAAUUCGACCAUGACCUCUUGGAUGACGGGGAUGGCUUGGAAGAGAAGAUUCCUGGCGUCAAUGUUGAUGCAGACGAGGAUGAUUUCUUGGUGUCGGAGCUUUCGCACAAUAUGAAUGGUGUCAAGUCUUGGGCUGUCCCUGGAUUAUCGCCCGUCGUUGCAAGCCCAAUUAUACCUGCACCGCUUGAACCCCCAAACAAAGUGAUUGGUUCCGGGAGUGUUCCAAUUGCGGAUGAAGCAGACAUGACUCUCCAGCAAGAACAAUCUUUGCUAAGGGAUGAGGCCAUAGUCGCUGAACAACAUGCUCAUGCGCACUUACCGCUUGCUAUAGAUACCGAUUCUUCACAAGCGCAUCGCCAGACACAUGGUAUGCACGCACAAAGUCUACCGGUUCUCGAUGAUGAAGACGAUCUGUAUUUUGAUGAUGGAGAAUUUGGAGACCUUAGCAUCGACGACCAGGAUGGAGGGUUCGACGAGUCUGUCUUUGACGACGAGACCAGCCACCUAUACCAAAGAAAGUCAGUCAGCAAGCAACCUGCUGCUCAGCCUUCUCAUGACACCGUGUCCGAUGGAGAUGCUUUAGAACAGGAGGUAAUGCUUGAAGAAGCCACCAGUCAAGGCCUGAAGCAUAUGCCCAGUAUUGCCAGUGAAUACCGAGUAAUGCCUGCGCCUGUCAAACGUGGUCCGCUCGGCGAGCCAAUACCAAAUAUGGGCCCUGCACGAGCCCAUGGCGGAGUGCUCACAGAGCAAAACCUGGAGGUAUUACACAAUGCACUCGCCUUCGCUGCGAAUGAAGCUGCUGGCCAAGGCCGCUUCGAGCGUACAUUCAGCACCAGCAAUCGGUCUCAUACCCAGGAAAGUAUCUCCCAGGCUUCAAACACGGGGGAUUCGCAACCCGGCCUGGUGUCUGACGAUAGCCGGCUGAGCCAGGCCGCAGAGACCUGGGGCUUCGACGAUGUUUUUGAUGACCAUAUCUAUGAUGAUAAUGACGAUACGUUCUACGAUGAUGCAAUUGUCGCUGCGGCCAACGCGGAGGCAUUGGAGAAUGACGACGAAGGCUUCUACGGCCAGGAAUUUGGGUUCUACGCGCAAGCACAUGGGACCUGCAGCUCUGAGCUCACGAACGGGGGCUACUUUGGUCCUCGUGGUGUCGAAGGCAUCACGCGCAGCCAUAGUAGCCGUGGCAAGUUUCAGGAACCUAGCCUGACCCCGAUCACGGAGCGCAGCGAAUGGAGCACCCGCAACUCGGUCAUCUCGUUAAAGGCACACGGUGCAACCCAUUCCAAUCCAUCCCUGGCCAGCCCAGGGCUGGCACAGUUGGUUGAUAUGGGAAACCUGGAUGACGAGAUGACCUUGAGCGCGCUCAUGAAACUGCGUCGCGGAGCAUGGGGCGGCAGCAACGGUAGCCUGCGAAGCAGUGCCGGUAGCCCGCCGCCCCAUACUCUGCCGUCCUCGAACCGCGGCAGUUUUACUGGUGUCUCAGAGGCAAGCCCAGACACCAGGCCCUCUGCGGACGAAGGCCUGGCGGGUAUCGGGUAUAUGUACCCCGCGGACGAAGGGAUCCAUGGAUAUACCGCUUCGCCGCUUCAGAGCAAUUUGGGGUCCGCAGGCGAUCUCCCGUUGAGCGGAAUGGACGGGCCGAGUUGCGCAGACGACGAGGACGAAGUGCCGACCACCGGAACAUACCCGCAAGACGGCAACGUCUUGUAA